AUGGGCGGCGCGGCGCUGUCGGGAGCGCUGUGGCUGGGGCUGCUGUGGGCCGGGAGCGGGGCCGGAGGGAGCUGUUCGGGGAGGUGCUGCGAGGGCCGGGACGCCGCCUGUGUCGGCGAAGGAUGGAGGGAGGGAGGGGGCUACGGGACUUGUUACUGCGACGGAGGAUGCCGGCGAGCCGGGGACUGCUGCCACGACCACGGCCAGGCGUGCCCGGCUCUUCCAUGCAUCGUUGGGGAGUGGAGCCACUGGAGCGGCUGUGCAGAGCAGUGCCAACCCAACCUGCGGGUCCGCAGGCGCUACGUGCAACAGGAACCUAAGAACGGGGGGGAGCCUUGUCCUGCUCUAGAGGAGAAAGCUGGAUGCCUGGAAUACCUGACUUACCAGGGAGAGGACUGCGGCCAGGAACAUGUUCCUGCUUUCAUAACUACCUCUGAAUACAGUAAAGAAAGAAAACGACGAGCAGCACCUUCUCUCUGGUCUUCAGAUAAAGAAGAAGCUGGAUACUGUGUGGAAUUUAAAACAGAAUCACUUUCACACCACUGUGCUUUGGAGAACCGGCCUUACGCGCGAUGGAUGCAGUACCUACGGGAAGGACACACCGUGUGUGUAGCCUGCCAGCCUCCAGCUAUGAAUGCUGGGACACAGCGUUGUUCUGGAGAUGGCCACAAUGCAGAUGGUGGUAAAAUCUUACACUGGGAAGCAGUUGGUAAUUCUCAGUGCCAAGGAACCUGGAAGAAGAUUCGGCAACUGGAGCACUGUUCAUGUCCCCUUGUGCAUAGCUUUAUUUUUACAUAAAAGUUCAAAAGACCUUAAAAA